CACACGCCACGCUCACCCCACCACCACCAUUGCUCGCACGCCCACAAGCGCACCCAGCCAUCCCGACCUCCUCUUUCUCUUUCGCUUUGCAUGUCAACGCGAACAAAAAGAGACCACACUCCUUCCACCAUCGUCUUCUCCCCACGAACCUUCCUCCCCACCACCGUCACUCUUCUCCGCUUCCACUCGCGCACGUCGCACAACAUAUAAAGCCGGCCACAUCACUCGCCACUGGUCGCAGCUUCAACGCCCACCAGCUCUCCUGCCUCUGCUCCACUCUGUCCGGGUCACGAUCUUGGAGGAGCUCAGAGGACAUGGCGGCGUCAGCGCAUACUAGUGGCGGCGGCAGCAAGAAGCGCAAGCACGAGCUCGGGCACCUCCACGAGGACAUGCUCGAGCGCGUGCUCGCGCGCCUCCCGCCCGCCAGCUUCUUCCGCCUCCGCGCCGUGUGCCGCCGCUGGCGCGACGCCGCGGGGUCGCCCGCCUUCCUCGCCGCGUGCUCCCACGUCCCCGCCCGCGACCCCUGGUUCCUCAUGCUGUCCGAGAGCCAGGAGGAGCGCCGUCCCGCCGUCGCGUUCGAUGCCGCCGAGGGGGCCUGGGCGCGCUGCCAUGCUCCCCCGGGGCCGGUGCCCGUGGGCGCCGCGGGCGGGCUCGUGCUCUACCGCGCGCCCGACACCGGCGCGCUCACCGUCGCCAACCCGCUCACCGGCGCCUCCCGCGCGCUCCCGCCGCCCCCGCCGGCCACGCUCCAGGCCGUCGCCAUGUACGGCUCCCCCUACCGCGUCGUCCUCAUCCUCGGCAAGCUCACGGACCUCUCCAUGUCCGCGUUCGACCCCUCCACCAACACUUGGGGCGACGCUGUGCCGCUCUCGCGCAAGCCAGACGCCUCUCCCGCCGAAGCGCCGGCCCCGCGUGACGACAACGACGAAGACGUCAACGACGACGACGACGACGGCACGGUCUUCUUCCUGACCAAAUCCGGCACCAUAAUGGCCUCCACCACGCAGCGGAGCCCAUCGCGGGAGCACUCCUCCGCCGUGACGUGCCGCCCCAACGGCUCCAACCCCGUGGCCUACUUCCUGAGCGGCACGGGCGCGGUGGUGUCCUGCGACCUUGCAUCCCGCGCGUUCUCGGAGCUCCCGCGGAUCCUGCCCGCCCACUCCGAGCACUCCAUCGACGUGGCGGCCUGCGGCGGGCGCGCCUACGCGGUGGUGCUCACGGAGUACCUGGACACGGCCAGCCUGCGGGUGUGGGAGUUCGUGGGGGGCGCGUGGACGCAGGCGGCGGCCAUGCCGCCCGCCAUGUCGCACGGCUUCUUCGGCGCCAAGGCCGACGUCAACUGCGUCGGCCACGGCGGGCGCAUCAUGGUCUGCGUCAGCUCCGCCGAGGCCAACGGCAGCUUCUUGUGCGACGUGGCGAGCAACCGGUGGGAGGAGCUGCCGAGGUGCACGGCCGGCGACGGCGCGGUCACGGACUUCGUGGCGGCGUUCUCCUUCGAGCCGAGGAUGGAGGUCGCCGUGUGAUGGCCGGAUCCUCCUCGCUGGUCACUUCCAGUUGAUGUGUAGUGUACGUAGGUAGAUGAGAUGGUUCGUGACAUUUGUCCAGUAAUUUCGGAAUUGCUUCACUGGAAUCAGAUCGCUCGCCUGUCUCCUCCGGUGCGCGCAUGUGUUGCCAAUUCUGCAUCUGUUGCCACCGGCUUCCGCUGUUCUCUUGA